AUGUCUAACGUCUCUCCUCAGAUUUUUAAAGCAACCAAUUUAGCAGCUGGCUCGCUGGCCAGUUUUUCGGCUUUAUCGCAGCUUUCAUAUUUACUGACGGAUUUCCCAGCAUUUUUGAAAGCCAUUUUUGCAUUAGGUUUGGCAAUUCCGAUUGUUUAUCUCGAGUUCAAGGUUCCCCCAAAUCUAUACAGGUUCGCUUCGUUCUACUUCAGCUUCAUUGGCAGAGGAUUGUGUCUAAUACUGUUGUCACUUCUUCUAAGCUACGGAGGCGCGCUGAAAAUUAUAAUCUCUUUGCUACUUUUUGUGGCCGGUAUUGCAUUCACGGUCGUGGAGUUUAUACCCAGCAUUCAGGAACCUGACAAUUUCAGGCCUGAAGGUAGUUCGAUCGCGGUGGGGGAAGAUGCAGAUGAUAUUAUUUAG